GUAGAGAUAAUGAGUGAAUACAAGACAAUUGUUCUUCAACAAGGAUUAGAGGAUGUGGCUGUGGAUGACUACCAGUUUAGGAAAAUCAAGUCCUUACUAAGACAAGAACUAAAUCUAACAAAAAAGAUGCAAGAUGACUAUGACAAAAUUCAGAUGGCUGACCUGUUGGAGGACACAUUCCCAGAAGAUGCUGGACUGGACAAACUGAUAGAAGUGUGUCAAAGCAUUAAAGGACUUGAAGACCUUGCUCAAAGGCUUAAAACAGAGAAGGCAAAAGUUAUGAAGCAAAAGAAAGGAAAAAACAAAACUGCAGUGAAAAGAAGAAAGCAAGAAGAACCCAGUAGUUCCCGAUCUCUUUCCACUGAUAAUGAAUCAGUCAAGAGCGAACCCUCUGCACAGAAAAAGAGAAAACAAACCACAAAAACUGAAGGUGGCAAGAAAAUGAAGCUUACCCAGGAGCAGACUCAGUUUCUAGAGUCUUCAGGAAGCAACCCACAAAAAGAUGAAUGUUGUCUCCAGACUCCUCAUAAGCCUCCCCCAACACCAUCCAGCAGUUCCUCAAACAAGACACCAAAGAAGGGAAAUUUACCAAAGGAGCCUUCUAAGGUAGAAGGUCACCAUCGAGAUCCCAUAGAAGUGAUGGUGUUGAAAGUAACAGAACCAUUUACUUAUGAUUUGAUUGAUGACAAAAGGAUGUUCCAUGCCACGGUGGCUACUGAGACUGAAUUCUUCAGAGUGAAGGUUUUUGACACAGCCCUAAAGAACAAGUUCAUCCCAAAAAAGAUCAUUGCCAUAUCAGAUUAUUUUGGCGUCAGUGGAUUUCUGGAGAUAUAUAGAGCCUCCUGUGUGUCUGAUGUGAAUGUUAACCGAACAAUGGUUAUCUCAAAUAUACUGAGGAGAAGAGCCAAUGGAACUCCUAAAAUUAAGGAUCUUUUCUCUCAAAUAAAAGGGACAUAUGUGAAUGGAGAGUUUGUGGUAACUAUGAAAAAUGAAAGGGGUGACUUCAUUUACUAUGGAAUUGAAGACAAUACUGGGAAAAUGGAAGUGGUGGUCUAUGGACGACUGACCAGUAUCAACUGUGAGCCAGGCAAUAAACUUCGACUUGUCUGCUUUCAAUUGACCUCAAGAGAAGAUACAUGGCAGCUGAAGUCUGUAAGGCACAGUUACAUGCAGGUUAUCAGUGCCAAAGGAGAGGCACUCAAUCCUGAUUCAGUUAUGAAAACCUCUCUAGAACAAUACUUCUGA